AUGCCGGCGGCGCCGAAGGAAUCAGUUGGAAAAGCCGGCAACGGUGCAAUCGUAGCGGGGUUGGCUAUGACUUUGGCGGCAUGGCCGUGCUUCGAGUUAUCACGGUUUUACACUGAGCAUUUGAAGCCCAAAAUAAUGGACGAAGUCGAAUCUGUUGCCAUAUCUGAUCUACAAUCCCUCCUUGACAGCUCCCGCUCCACUGCUGGAAGGCUCGUCUUCGUUCGCGGUAUAGUUGAGGCCAAGUCCGCCGAUCAUUACUGUAUUUCCUUGUCCGGCAAGGCAGCUGUUGCGAUUCAUAGAACUUUCUAUAAGUACUUCUCUAAAGAUUGGAGAGACUUAUUUCUGCCAAUUUCUGAAUUGAGCACUCGCAUGGAGGAAUUUCAUAAAAAACGUGUUUGGGUUCCAUUUACAAAGGUCCCUUUUAUUCUUGUUGAAGGUCGUCAAAAGCCUCCUUCGGAUUACGUUGUUGUGAAUCUGGAUUUCAUGUCAGGUCCCUAUCCUCGCAUGUUGAGUGAUGUAAUACCUCUUGAGACAAACUAUGGAACGUGCGAGCCGGUCAAUCGUUCGAUUAAAGACAUCUCAGAACCCAGUAAACAUGGGUUCCCUGUUUGUCAGUGGCGGGAAGAUGAAAUUCUUCCAAUUGGAAAGCGUAUCAGUGCAGUGGGCAUGUGCCGUCGUGAAAAUGGAGUCCUUGUCAUUAGCCGCUGUGAAGACAUUGAAUUUUUCUUGACUAAUUUUAGAAGUAAGGAUGAGUUGGUGGAAAAGGUUUCAUCACGAAGCAGGGUUCUUCAAAACUUAGGCGUUAUCUUUGGAAAUUUGGGACUUGGAUUCUUUACCUAUGCUGGUGUGAGUUCAACUAACAAAAGCACAAAUAGUCCACGCAUUGCUCUUGCAGAUUUUGGUAGAUGA